CAGUAGUGUCUAUUGUCCAUUGGUUAUUGAUGUGUAUUUAUUGUUUUGGAUUAAUAUUUUAAAAUUAAAUAUUUAUUAACACCGCUUUUUUAACAAACGUUGAAAGAAGUAAAGUAUAAAAGUUAACGAUGUACAUAAUUACAGCAAAAUAUGUAUUAUUUGUUAUGUUGACAGCAAAUACGUUAAACUCAGUGAAUUCUAUAAAUUGUUAUCAAUGCUCUGGAACUGACUCAAACGAACCCUUUGAGUGUAAUGAGUAUUUAGACACCGACACGGCCUUAAUUCCAACAGAUUGUAAUAGUAUUCAUGAUGCUCAAUAUUGCAUCAAACAUGUUGGAAGAUUUGAAGGUGGGAUAAGUACAAAGAGAUAUUGUUCUUCUUUAGAUUUAGGAAACUAUUGCAAUUAUGUCCAACAGCCUGGGGAUAAACUAGAAUACAGGACAUGCAUUCAUACAUGUAAUACCGAUGGAUGUAAUGGUGCUUCUAGCAUUCAAAGUUCUGCAAUAUUUUCAUUACUAGUUUUAAGUAUAUCCAUAUGGAUUAUAAAAGUGUAGGUAUUGUGACACUAUUUAAGAUAUUUUUUUGAAAUUGUGUUAGUGUUUUUAUACUACCUCUUACAAUUAUGACUUUGUAUAUUAGAAUCUCAAUGUAAUGUGACAUUCCAUUUUACAAAUGACAUCACUAAAUAUUUACAAUUUUUAAUAAAAUAUUUAAGA